AUGAUGUUUCGAGAGCAGCCUCAGCCGAAACUCGAUAGUCACCAAAGAAAUAAUGCUGACCGGCCUCCAGCUACAACUGUGAUUGUUAGCGAUAGCAGUGAAAGCAGCGACGGUAGUGAUUCGGACGACCAGGAGUGGCCUAUAAAGUGUAUCCUCCGUGAGACAGAGACCGAGUAUCUUAUUGAUUGGGAGGGUCCUUACGAUCCAACUUGGGAGCCCAAAGCGAACGCGAGUGAGCUUGCUAUACAUGUGUGGAACAGACGGAAAGCUCGACUAUCAAGGGAAUCAAAUCCAAAAUUGACACGGGAGACAACUAAAUCGCCCAGUGUCAUUGAGGUCUCUUUCUUAUCACCAGAAGCAACUAUAGGCCCAGAAGACCACUCGCCAUUUGACGACGAGACCGAACAGAGCGACGCCGGUUCCGAUAAUCGUUCAAGAGCGUCCUCAUUGCUCUUUGUGACACAAGAGGACCUUUCAGAGAUAGUAGAUUCUCUUCAGUCCCAGUACAUUGAAGCCUCGGGCUGCUUUUACAGGACCGCCUCUCCAUCCCGAUCUAUCUCCGAUUGUUCUCCGUCCCUAGAGGCUGUAUCCACAGAUUCUCGCUCGCCGGCCACCGCCGCAUUCUUUGAAUAUAUUCCCGAGUCAUCUAUUCCACCUCAUUCCCUGCAACAAGGUGAUUGGGACGACGACGUCGUUUUUGAUACGCAGCAGCGUGAUCCGACUUGUGAACCAAAGGUCGGUUCAGUUGAUAGAUGCUCAUCGCAUCGACAGUAUUCUGCAGAAAUCAAGAGAAUUCUUGAAUUAUCACACCUGAACACGCCUGGUCUUGGACUGAGCUCCAAGGUAAUUGAAAUAGCUGAGACACCUACUCAGCUGCCCGGUUCAGGAGCUGAUUUAUCGCACUUUGGCUCUUGCCCUCUUGAUAGUACUCCAUCUCACAACAAUCUGACUUCUCAGCCUCUUGGCUUGUGUGACUCUGUAGUCAGAGGUAGUUUCAUCGUGCCACAUCAAUCUUCGCAGUUUGCUCACAAUCUCACAGACUGCGGGUUCGUUCAUUCGACUUACCUAAGCUCAAUCCCAGAAACAGUUUCUCAACAACUGUCACAACAUCCUGAAGACUUCAGCGCUGAGGGUGUCAUUUGGCCAGUGCUUUCACCUUGCCAUCUUCUGGAAGAAGAACCAUCUACCAAAGUCAUGGAUGACAAAGAGCCCAAGCCAUCGGACCCUACUCUCUCCGACGCUCCUUUGGACCGAUACGGCCAAUUUCCAGGGUCCACUCCUGUGGAAAAGAUACGCAACCCUUGGGCCCAAAUCGGCGAAGAGAAUCAAUCUGAGCUAUUACAGACGCCCAACGCUGUCGAAACUCCAUCUUCCGUGGGGGAUAUCGAGGCUUCAAUCCCCGUAUCUGUUCCCGAAACAACUGCGCCGCUUAGUGUUAGAGCCGACACAGAUUCCUUUUCUCAUUCACAUACUGCAGUUCACCACGGUCAUUCUGAACCUUUACUACCGCCCUCAGAACUAGCUCACGGAGGCCAUAUGAGUCAACCUUCACUCCAAACUAUCCACCCCAGUGCGCUGACUGUCACCGGCAUGGAUGAGGUUGUGCCCGGAUCAGUCCAUCUCGGGCCAUCUGAGUUUGCUGUCACCCUUCCGAUGGAUUCUCGUGUGAAGGAUGACUAUGAGCGAGUGCUAUCAGAUGCAGCUACCAGCAUACGCCAGUUCUUCGACAGCUUGCAGUCAAAUACUCAAAUUUCUGAGCCUGAGCGAGAGGUCUUGUAUUCACAAAUGCGAGAGGUCGUCACGCGGUUGAGCAAUGUUUCAACCCACCCAGACUUAAACAUCUCUGACCAUUUGAAAGACCCCGACCCCGACCUCGCGAAAGAGGCAGCCUGGGCCGAAUAUUCUAGUGCAAAGUUCCUUCUACUAGGUCAUCUCAUGGAGAUUGUAGGUACGCAUGAGCUUCAUCUGAUUCUUGCUGUCCAAGACGAGAAGAAACAGGCGGUUCUUGAACGUUAUCUCCAAGGCAAGGGCUUUGCAUAUACAAAGCCCCGUGACGAAAUGGGCAGCACCUCGGAAGUUUCCCUGGCCAAGGGGCCGCUCAGCUUCGGCAUUCAUUCCAGUGAGACUGCCCGGGAACUUUACAAGCCGCCAUCUGCUAUUUUUGCUUUGGAUUCGUAUUUUAGACCCAAAAGUCCAUCCAUACAGCACAUCCGAACGACUUAUGCCCGAAACGGGAACCUGCUUCCCGUCAUCUGGUUCCUCGUCGCCAACACGAGUGAACAUAUUGAGCGUUGUUUGCCCGAGUCACCCGAGCCCGAUCGAUUACGUUUACUUGUGCACUACAUUGCCCGUCUUCAUGAUGAGGUUGGCGAUCUCCAGGAUGAUGCCCUCGGCGUACAUGAAGACGCCGAAGAGAUUCUCGGAUACCUCUUGGAUAGUGUUGCUGGUUGGCCAUUGCCUCCUAUCGAGCCUUUGAAAUUGGUGCCCCUGGAAGAGCUAGAGUGCGACAACUCUUCUACAUCUGACGAGGGGAUGCAGCCGGCACAGAAACGCACACUGGAUGACGGACCCGAGGAACAAUCGUCGAAGCGUGCACGGGUUGGUACUCAAGAGAACAGCCAGUUGACCGAGUCAACCAAACCUUCCAGCCAAACAUUGGACCGUGAAUUGCAAUCAUUGGAGAAGAACCUUAUUCAGAUGAAACACAUUCAUGCAAAUGAAAAAGCCCAGCUGCAGGCUCAGCUUGCUCGGGCAAAUUCUCGACUCCAGGAAAUGGAGAAGGCACUGGGUGUUCUACAACACCGUUACGAGAGUCGGACCAAGGAACUCCAUGCAACUCGCCAAGAACGAGAUCGUGUGACCGAAACUAAGCCGUCUCUGGAACAGCGUGUCGAGAAACAGAAAGAAACCAUCUCUAAUCUGAAAGAAGAGCGGGCAGAGCUGAAACGCGAGCUCGACGAAGCUAGACAAGCACUCAAAGAUGGUGGUGGUAGUUCUGCUGAACUGGAGACAGCACGCGAGGAAAUUCGCCGCCUAGCCAAAGAAAAUUCAAACCUUGAACGCAAGGCUGAGUUUGAGAAAAACCAAGCCGAGUACACACGAGAGCAAUAUCAGACUGCGUCUACUGCGGCCGCUCAGUCUGGCACGGAAACCCGCCGUUUGGCCACCGAAAAUGAGAAACUAAGGCGCAAGGCCGAAAGCAAUGCCGUCCAACUGCGUGAGUUGCACAUGAAGGACGAGUCGGUCCGCCAUCUAGCUCGAAUUGAAGAGCUAGAAUUGAAUCUCGCUACGCGCGACGAAUUCCUACGCAGGAAGGAAGACGAGCUUCGUGAAAUCCGAAAGAAUCGUCCAUCUACUCGCUCAACUAGCACUCAACCACGAAGCCCUAAGUGGGCCGGCAGCCGUCCGACCAGCCCCGGGGUCGGUCAUAAUGGUAAUGGUAAUGGGGGUCAUGGGGGAAGAGGUAGUGCGUUACGAUACAGUUCAGAUAUGCCUUUCUGA